UUUAGGAUUAAUUUUGUUUAAACGCAAGUUUAAAACAAGUGAUUUUACAAAAUAUUUCAAUAUGAAUGCUCUAUAGCCAAAAAAGAUAUGCAUGCCCUUUUCCAUAAAUGAAUAAUAACAAAACUAGCAAGAACUUUUGUUUAUAAAAUUACUGCCACUGAAACUAUGUCUGUUACAAUAAAUAAUUUUUCUAAUAAUCUUAUGGAAAGGAAACGUGUUAUAAAAACAACAAGAAUACAAUAUGAAAUAUAUGUAAAAUUCUUAGAAGAAAAUAAACCAUUCGCUCUUGGCAAAACUGAUUUAAUUGCUAACGAAAACUAUUUUGCUGAGAAAUGGAAUGAAUUAACUGCACUAUUGAAUACCUCAGGCGCUGGUCCCACUCGAACACAACAAUCUUGGAAAACGCUGCUAUGUGGAUGGAAAAAUCAAACUAGAUCAAAAGCAAGAAAGGUGCAAGCAAAUAAUCUGUUAAAUCAUCAAACAGGAAAUGGAAGCUUAGUUUUAACAGCGGUAGAAAAAAGAGCUUUGAAUGCUUGGAAUGGCGUUGAAGAAUAUUCAGAUUAUCAAGCUUUGCCCAAUGUUCCUAUUGGAAUAACAAUUAAACGAGAUUUAAGUUCCUGCCAUAAUUCACCGCAGAAUGAUGAUAAUGAAUCUAGUGAUGAAUUUGUUCCUCCUCCUCGGAAUAGUAUUCAGGAACCUGAAGUCUUUGUUUCAAUGCCAAUGGACUAUGAACAGCCAGGUGUAUUACAAGAGGAAAAAUACAACAAUAUAGAAUUUGAAAAUGAGGACAUUAAUAAUAUGACUGCAAUAUUGGUAAAUGCAACCAACACAAAUACAAAGAUUAUCAAGGAAGUGCACAUGGCUACGAGUAGUGCGUUGGAAGCGGUAGCAGCCUCAGUUAAUAAAGUUGGUGAAGCUUUGCUUGCAUUAGCUCAGGCCCAGCAAUUAGCACAUACAAAUGAGAAAUUAAGGUUAGAAUUUGCAUUAGCGAAAAUAAAAUUAGAAUUAGCUCAGAUAAAUAAUAGGCAACACUAG